AUGGCUCAUACACGCAAAUACCAACAGCCCCAUAGCAAUUCCGUGAGUCGCGAGUUGCCUGUAACAGACUACCAAAACCCAUAUCUGACCCAAGCCGUAACCGCCCAGUAUCACACGCCUCAUACACAAUACCCAAUUUCUACCUCUAUCGCACCGGCCAUGACCUACUCCUCGUCAACGGAUAGCAACAGUUCCACGAGGACGGCAUCAAGCAUGAUCUCUACGAGCAGCGGGCACCAACAACACCCGGCAUAUUACAGCAUCCAUCACCCCACGACAUCGGCAGGUUUCACAGACCCAAUGUAUCAACAACAACGGCAAGCUUCCGUUAGCUCAACAGCUAGCCCAGAGUAUGUAAUGGUCACUGAAGAGCCCGCGACAACACCGUCAAAGUCAUCAAGAGGUGCAGGGCUAGAAAGGUCCGGCAGCAGAUACGUCUGCAUGUACCCGCGCUGCGAGAGCAGUUUCAGCCGCUCCGCGGAUCUCAGCCGCCACUACCCCACCGUCCACUUCCCGGACUCUGUCAGACUCAACUGCCCAAAGCCCAAAUGCUCGCGAAAAGGUGAGCAGGGCUUCACGCGCCAGGACCAUCUCAACGAGCACCUGCGCCAGUACCACAAGGAGCCCGUCGCCAAGCGGAGAUCUUCCAAGUCUUCCGCGCAGCAACCAGAAACACAUCGCUAG